CACGACGUUGCUUGCGAAGUCUCUCGCUUCGAUCUAGAAUUCUCUCUAUUCCUUUUUGUACGUCGGGUCAUCAUGUCUCACAGAAAAUUCAGUGCACCCCGUCACGGGUCUAUGGGAUUCUACCCCAAGAAGAGGUCCCAGCGUCAUCGUGGUAAGGUAAAGGCCUUCCCCAAGGAUGACCCAACCAAACCCGUCCACUUGACGGCCUUCAUCGCCUACAAGGCCGGUAUGACCCACGUCGUCCGUGAGGCUGAUCGUCCUGGAUCAAAGGUCAACAAGAAAGAAAUUGUUGAGGCUGUCACCAUCCUCGAAACCCCACCAAUGGUUGUUGUCGGUGUUGUUGGAUACAUCGAAACUCCCCAUGGUCUCCGUGCUCUCACUACUGUGUGGGCCGAGCAUCUUGGAGAGGAAUGCAGAAGACGUUUCUACAAGAACUGGUACAAGAGCCAAAAGAAGGCCUUUACCAAGGCUUCCAAGAAAUGGUCCGAUGAGGCUGGAAAAUCUAACAUUGAAUCAAACUUCAAGAAAAUCGUGAAGUACUGCAAGGUUGUACGCGUCAUUGCCCACACCCAAAUGAAGCUCAUGAACCAAAGGCAAAAGAAAGCCCACAUCAUGGAAAUCCAACUUAACGGUGGAUCUAUCGCCGACAAAGUUGCAUGGGCCAAGGAACACUUGGAAAAAUCCAUCCCCAUCAAGAAUGUCUUUGCUAAAGAUGAGAUGAUCGAUGUCAUCGGUGUCACCAAAGGAAAGGGAUUCAAGGGUGUUACUUCCCGUUGGCACACAAAGAAGCUGCCCCGCAAGACGCACAAGGGUCUGAGGAAGGUCGCUUGUAUCGGUGCUUGGCAUCCAAGCAGAGUAUCCUUCACCGUCGCUCGCGCCGGUCAGAAGGGAUACCAUCACCGUACUGAGAUGAACAAGAAGAUCUACCGCAUCGGAGAUGGUGUACACACCAAGGACGGAAAGGUUGUCAAGGAUAACGCUUCCACCGCCUACGAUCUCACUGAGAAAACCAUCACCCCCAUGGGUGGCUUCCCCCACUACGGUGAGGUCAACAAUGACUUCAUCAUGAUCAAGGGUUGCUGCAUGGGAACCAAGAAGCGUGUCAUCACUCUGAGAAAGUCGCUCCUCGUCCACACCAAGCGCGCCGCUCUCGAGAAGAUCAACCUCAAGUUCAUCGACACCAGCUCCAAGUUCGGUCACGGUCGCUUCCAGACCGCCGCCGACAAGGCAGCCUUCAUGGGUCAACUCAAGAAGGACCGCAUCCGCGAGGAAGCCGCCCAGGUGGCCGCCGCCGCCCCCAUGGAAUCCUAAACGGAAUCCUACCUCAUACAUACUCGUUGACGAGUAUUGUAAAUAGUAAAACGAAAAAAAAAAAUUUUUUUUUAUUAAUUUAA